GGCGCUGACUGAACAAGGAGCCGUGCGUAAAGAUGGCCCUGGUUCUGGUGUGAAGGCUGAUGUGGUAGCUCGGGGUGACCGGUAGGCUACACCUGUUGUACUGUAGACAGGAUGUUGAGCUUUCUCACAAGCUCUGCCUUGACUUUCCGCGUUGUAGGCCUAACUUGUGAUUGAAAAGUGCCCAUACUUUGAUUGAUGCGCAGUGCUAUGUGAGUAGGGCAUAGUAUGGCAAAAUGCAUGAAGAAUAUGCUCGUCAGCCAACUGUGAGAAAUCUUCCCCUCGGCGUCCAGCUCUACGGCCCACCCCCUCGCGGGAACCUCAUGUGAAAGCAGAAGCGUCUCAGCUGAUUAAAGCUGCGCGUACACCUUCAGUCAGCAGCGUGCAGUGGCAAGAGGAAGCUCGGGGAAGAGACUUGGCGCAUCAAGUUAACCUACUACAGCUGCCACAUCCACCAGGAGCAUCGCGCGCGUAUCCAAGUUGACAGGUCAGCAUUAGAUGCGCACAUUCUGAGGUGUAAAAUAUGGCAACGGCAACGUCGAGAGAGCGAACGAGCGGAAUCUUCUGAGAAAUGUCAUCCGCUCUCAGUCACAGCUGCAACCGAUAGAGGGAAUCCCAAUCUGUAGGACACGCAGAGAUGACGUUACAUGCAACCUGAUGCUGACAUCUGAAGACUGGCACUGUUGUGUGUGAAAUAAGGACUCUUUUUAUUUCUAUUUUUUGACUGACAGCUAUUGGGACCAAUAGCAUAGCCACCCUGGACAUAGUGCAGUAUAUACACACAAUAUAUACAGUAUUACAAAAAUUGGACUAAUAGUCCUAUUUUUGCACCCACCCCAUUCUACCAAUCCUACCUUGUGAUUAGCAAUCAUGGCGUCAUACAGUCCCGCACCCACUCAGGAUUCGGGGGUAGCCAAUGGCAGCAAUGGAAAGUUGAAAGAGGCGGGCGCUCAGGAGGAGUCCAUGAAGCUGAAGAAGGAGAUCUCACUGCUGAACGGCGUGUGCCUGAUCGUGGGCAACAUGAUUGGCUCGGGCAUCUUCGUGUCGCCCGUUGGGGUGCUGAUGUACAGCGGCUCCUACGGCCUGUCGCUGGUCGUCUGGGCCAUCGGGGGCAUGUUCUCUGUAUUUGGGGCGCUGUGCUACGCCGAGCUGGGCACCACCAUCACCAAGUCAGGGGCCAGCUAUGCCUACAUCCUGGAGGCGUUUGGUGGCUUCCUGGCGUUCAUCCGUUUGUGGACGUCGCUGCUGAUCAUCGAGCCCACCAGCCAGGCAGUCAUCGCCAUCACAUUCUCCAACUACAUGGUGCAGCCCAUCUUCCCCACCUGCAUAGCACCCUACUCUGCCAACAGGCUACUGGCUGCAGCCUGCAUAUGUCUCCUGACGUUUGUCAACUGUGCGUAUGUGAAGUGGGGGACGCGUGUGCAGGACUUCUUCACCUAUGCCAAGGUCAUCGCCCUCAUCGCUGUCAUCAUCACCGGCCUCGUCAAGAUAUUCCAAGGUCAAACCCAGAACUUUGACGGGCUGUUUCAGGAGUCGUCUACGGACCCCGGUGCCAUCGCCCUGGCCCUCUACUCCGCCCUCUUCUCCUACUCCGGCUGGGACACGCUCAACUUCGUCACAGAGGAGAUCAAGAACCCUGAGAGGAACCUGCCUUUGUCCAUUGCCAUCUCCAUGCCCAUAGUCACAGUCAUCUACAUCCUGACCAAUGUGGCCUACUACGCAGUGCUGCCCAUCAACGCCAUAUUGGACAGCGACGCCGUGGCAGUGACGUUUGCUGACCGCGUGUUUGGGGUGAUGAACUGGACUAUCCCUCUGGCUGUGGCCCUGUCCUGUUUCGGAGGACUCAACGCCUCCAUCCUCGCCGCCUCAAGGUUGUUCUUCGUAGGCUCCAGAGAGGGCCACCUGCCAGACUACCUCUGCAUGAUCCACGUCCAUCGCUUUACCCCCAUCCCUGCCCUCCUGUUCAACGGCGCGAUGGCGCUGGUGUACCUGUGUGUGGAGGACAUCUUUAAGCUGAUCAACUACUACAGCUUCAGCUACUGGUUCUUCGUGGGUCUCUCCAUCCUGGGACAGCUGUACCUGAGAUGGAAACAACCAGACAGACCACGACCUCUCAAGCUGAGCCUGUUCUUCCCCAUCAUCUUCUGCAUGUGCACCGUCUUCCUGGUGGUGGUGCCCCUCUACAGCGACACCAUCAACUCCCUGAUUGGCAUCGGCAUCGCCCUAUCAGGAGUGCCCGUCUACUUCCUCUGCAUCAAGACGCCCGCCCACAAGCGGCCCAUGUGGCUGCGCAGGGCCAUUGCAUCAUCCGGCUUGCUGAUCCAGAAAGUGUGCUACUCCGUGUUGACUGAGAUGGACACAGAUGACGAGCCCAAGGAUGACUGACACUCCACACGGCCAAUCAAGAGGCCGCCCAGCCUCUCACAUGGGCACACCAUUGGCUGACGAUCGCACCACACUCCACCUCACACCCAAUCACAAGCUUGUUCGGUGACUAUGACUACGCCAUACGCUGGACACGCGCACUCAAAUCACAAACUCUUUUGGUACCUGGUCACAUAACACUCCAGUCAUGCAACCAGGGGCCAUGCAGACUACCAGACGUGACCAGUAGCCUGCCCAUGUCACCAGCGUCCAAAGGACACCUGAGAGACUGGAUGACGCACAAGAUGGUGCAUUGUGACAUCAUCACAGAGAGACUUUGAUUCAGUGCAAAAAACCUCUAUAAAAGCAUUAUGUACCAUUUUA